GGCAUUGAACUGAAGGGGGAGGAGAAAAGGAAAGAGGGGAGAAAGAGGAGGCGGAGAGGAGGAGGAAGAGAAGAAGGGAGGAAGAGAAAGAGGGGAGAAAGAGGAGGCGGAGAGGAGGAGGAAGAGAAGAAGGGAGGAAGAGAAAGAGGGGAGAAAGAGGAGGCGGAGAGGAGGAGGAAGAAGAAGGGAGAAAGAGGAAGAGGAGAAGAAGAGAGGAAGGGGGGAGGAGGAGAGAAAGAAGAGAAGUAGAAGGGAGGAAGAGAAAGAGGGGAGGAGGGAGACAGGAGAAUAACACAGGAAGAGAGGAAGAGGGGAGGUGGAGGAGAAGGAAAAGGGGAGGACUAGAGAGGGAGAGGUCAGGUUGGUGCUGCUGGUCCUAGUCCUACUCCCUCCUUGUUGAGGAGCUCCAUCCUUCUGAGGCAGACCUGGGAGGAGGAGGGAGGAGAGACGCUUUGGCCAAGGCUCCUCCAGCUGGGACCCACCUCCGCAGCCCUGCCGGCUCCUUCCACCUGUUCUGUCCGCGGGGCAGAGUCCCUCUCGUCCGCCUCCUCCUCCUCGUCCUCCUCCUCUUUGAAGCCAUGCCGGGGCUCCGCCGCGACCGCCUGCUGCUGCUGCUGCUCCUGGGGCUGCUCCUCUGCGCAGACCUCUACUUCCACCUCUGGCCCCAAGUGCGGCGCCGCUUCGCCCCGGAGCCCGAGGGGGAGACCCGCUGCUCCUGCCCAGGACGAGGAGGAGACCGGGGAGAAGGCACCGCUUCCCCUGCUGCUCCUUCUCCCGCAGCCUCCCCAGCGCCGCCGCUGCCCGAUGGGACGGAGGAGCCCCGGCAUUCGCGCUCCAAGCUGCGCCGCCUCUUCGCGCACCCGCUCUACAGCGGCCCCGAGUGGCCGGCCGAGGAACUGCUCAGCGGGCAGGAGGCGCUGCGCUACUACAAGAGGAAGGUGGCCCGCUGGAACAGGAGACACAAGGUGUAUCGAGAGGAGCGCAACCUCACCUUGGACUCCAUGGUUCAACUCAGACAGGAGGCAAGUUGGCUCCAGUUUCACCUCGGCAUCAAUCGCCAAGCCCUGUAUCCACGGGACAGCCCAGCUAUUGACCAACUUUUGGAAGACGUACAAGUUUUGAACACCGUCAGUGCUGAUUACAGCCAGGAUGAGAAAGCAUUGCUAGGCGUCUGUGACUGCACGCAAAUUGUCAAGCCCAGUGGUGUGCAUCUGAAACUUGUACUUCGAUUCCAGGACUUUGGCAAAGCCAUGUUCAAACCUAUGAGACAGAAACGUGAUGAGGAGACUCCAGAAGAUUUCUUCUAUUUUGUUGACUUUCAAAGACACAAUGCAGAAAUUGCUGCCUUCCACCUUGACAGGAUUCUGGAUUUCCGUCGUGUUCCUCCAGUGGUUGGGAGAGUGAUAAACAUUACUAAGGAGAUUUUAGAGAUCACCAAGAAUGAAAUCCUCCAGAGUGUCUUUUUCAUUUCACCAGCCAGCAAUGUCUGUUUCUUUGCCAAGUGCCCUUACAUGUGCAAGACGGAAUAUGCUGUAUGCGGGAACCCUCACCUGCUGGAAGGAUCCCUCUCUGUUUUCCUGCCUUCCCUCAAUUUGGCACCCAGACUCUCCAUCCCCAAUCCGUGGAUACGAUCCUACACUUUUGCUGGAAAAGAGGAGUGGGAAGUGAAUCCCCUUUAUUGCAAUACAGUGAAGGAGAUUUAUCCUUACAACACUGGGAGCCGGCUACUCAAUAUCAUUGACAUGGCAAUCUUUGACUUUUUAAUAGGCAAUAUGGACCGUCAUCAUUAUGAGAUGUUCACCAAGUUUGGAGAUGAUGGCUUUUUGCUCCACUUGGACAACGCAAGAGGAUUUGGGAAGCACUCCCAUGAUGAGAUCUCCAUUUUGGCUCCCCUGGAACAGUGUUGCAUAAUAAAGAAGACAACAUUAUUACGACUGCAGCUCUUAGCUCAGCCAGACUACAAGCUCAGUGAUAUCAUGCGGGAGUCCCUGAUGCGGGACCGCCUGACACCAGUACUCACAGAGCCACACCUUUUGGCACUGGACAGGAGGUUACACAUCAUCUUGAAGACAGUGGAGAAAUGUAUAGAGGCCAAUGGAGAAGAUAUUGUUGCGGUUGACACCAGACCUCUAGAGAUGCCCAUCUUUGACAGAGUGACGCAGCCAAGCUAGAACUUGCUGGAAAUUAGACUCUACGCUUUCAAUGAAAUGCUCUUUUAUCCUGGACAAAUGGGAGAAAUGGGCAAUGGGGGAGACCUCUAGAAGGUCACAUUUGUCUAAGUGGAAGGCUGGUUAGGUGGUCACAAUGGUAAAAUUGCUCAGAUUUCGUUUUUAUAUCUUGGAACCUUGCUCGCUCCCAUUCCAGGGACCUUGGUGCGUCUUCUCCAAAAGAUGUGAAAGCACUUUCUAGAUGAAGACCAUGUACUUUUGGAUAUUGGGUGCACCUCGUCCAAAAGAUGUGAAAACACACUCUAACUGAAGACGGUGUGCUUUUGGGUUUGAGAUCUGUCUAAGCACUUGCAGUCUUAGGAGGUGUAUGAUUAGAACUUAACUGGUGGCUUGAAUAAAAAAGGAUCAAUGGAAGGAACGCAUGGUUACCAUCCAUCUGAGCAUCUACAGCAAACAUGAGGAUUGUCAGCAACCCUUGGCAGUCAUAUUAGGAAAAUUGGCAGCCUUGACAAAGACAAAAUUAAAGUGGGCUAGCAUAGCAUAAUUUCACAGUCUUCUCAGUGAUGGUAUGUGGUGAGAUGAUAAAUGCAACCCAAGUUGCAGAGAAGAAUGAGAGUUAAAAGAGGCUGUUCAGAGAAUACAACCUGGCAUGUCCCUAGGCUGCUGCACAGAGAUUUGUUUUAUUUUGUGCCAUGGAUGUGUGUUGCCUCUAGGGACCUCACUACUAUGCCAAUAAAGGGUGAUAAGAACUGUAGUGUAAUACUACCGUGAAGGCUACAUGCUUCCCACCUCUGUAAUUAUUCAUUAACUACUUUGCAUUGUGUUGCUUCUGUUGAACUUCUGGAAAAAGUGGAGAAAGAUGUCCUUAAAGUAAGUGCAAAGCACACAA